AUGGUGAUCAUGCGCCUCGCAGACUACGACACAAAAAUGCUGGAACUACUCAAUGCCUCGACGUACCAAACACUAAGAAGUGACCCAACAUCAACGAUCCAAAAGAAGGUCAACAACAUGGCUAGGAGGUUAUCCAACCUCCAACUCAUCGACAAGCACACUCGGCACCAACUACAGACCCAAACAGCAACUUGUCCCCGCAUCUACGGGCAACCCAAAGCCCAUAAACCCAACCUUCCACUACGACCUGUCGUUCCAAACAUCACAGCUCCUACAUAUCAUAUGUCCAAGUUCAUAGCCAACAUCCUACAAUCCACUUUCACCAGCCAAUACAAUGUAAAAGACAGUUUCGCAUUCGUGGAAUACGUCAACUCCGUCACGAUUCCUCCUGACCACGUUCUAGUUUCGUUCGACGUUGUUUCGCUGUUCACCAAUAUUCCGAAGGAGAGAAUCAUCCGCAGCAUCAUAUUCCGAUGGGCAGACAUCAAACGAGGAACCAAGAUCAACUUAGACCUGUUUUUGGAAAUGGUUGAGAUGUGCUUGAACAGUAGCUAUUUCCGAUUCAGGGACAAAUACUACCAGCAGACUUUCGGAACUGCUAUGGGCAGCCCACUAUCACCGAUCCUGGCGGACUACGUAAUGGAAGACUUAUUGGACACAGUUACACAACAGUUGAGUUUCUCCAUCAGGGUUCUGAAAAAAUACGUAGACGACCUGUUCCUCGUACUACCCAAAACCGAAGUCCAAAGUACCCUUGCUGCGUUCAACAACUACGAUCAACAUCUCCAGUUCACCGUAGAGGACGAGAAGGAUGGAGCGCUACCCUUCCUGGAUACCCUAGUGAUGCACCACAACGAUGGAAGCGUGAGUACGCAGUGGUAUUCCAAGCCCAUCUCUUCGGGACGUCUGUUGAAUUACCAUUCCUUCCAUCCAACGAACAUGAAGCUCAACGUAGCUAAAAACCUCAUAAACCGAGCUACACAGCUAACCACCAAGUCGUCAAUGGAACAAGUCAAACACAAAAUUUUCCAAAUCCUACGACAGAACAACUACCCUUCGGCAUUAAUCAACAGACUAACAAGCCACAUCAGGAACAACCAAGCAGCGCUCACCACGGCAACUCCCUCCAAUCACAACAUACAGCAUAGCCACCCACCCCAACAACCCUCACAAGCAGAUCCAGGAACAACAACAAUCCUCCCAAUAUCGCAGCACACUCUACAAGCACCAAACAGUCAGAUACCAAACGAAGUCGUCUACAAAUCCAUGCCAAACAUCCCAAUACUGAGCCGUACCAUAUCAGAGAUCCUAAAAAGAGAAUAUCCAUCUGUAAAAAUAGCCACGUACAACAUAAAAAGCACAAAAACACUUCUCAAGCCUGUAAAAGAUGCAGUUACACCUCUAGAACAGCAUAACGUCAUUUACAGUAUACCAUGUACCAAUUGUGAUAAAGUAUACAUAGGUAUGACGACCAAUCAUCUCAAAAAGAGAAUCAGUGGACACAGAUCCAAUGUAAACAAACACUCCAAUACCACAGAACACGAUACACAACCCAAAACAGCACUAAUACAACACAUGCUCGAUUGUCAAUACACAUUCAAUCUAGACGGUACAAAAAUAGUUGACAGAUCGUACCGUUCCUCUGCCUUACCGAUGUUGGAAAUGUGUCACAUACACAACACUUCCAACACGGUAAACUUCCGAACAGACGUAGAUGGGCUAAAUAUCACGUAUGCUGGUAUUCUACACACAGUCAAGACAACCCAAUCACGUAGAAGACAAAUGAGCAACGAUAGACCAUAUACCACAGUAGAUACAGUAGACCUAACAGAUGUCGAACAAUAGCUCUAAAUCUAACCCUCCAUGUUUAAAAUAGCCGUUGAGUACCGUCAAGUAGUGUAGUGUUCACCUGUGCAGUCCAAAAAUUUGUAAAAACUAUACGUAUGAUAAUUGUAAGUCUAACCAAUUAAUGUCCCAAAUCCUUCAUGUAAUAUGUUUUGUCCACUCAGGCAGAAAACAAGAAGCCCACACCCCCUAUGGCGGCAUUAAACCAUAAGACAAAAAACGGUUGACUGAGUAGGUACUAGUAAUCGAUGUUCAAUGUUAAAGUAUACUAAAUGUGCAAUGUUUUUAGUUUUUCCCUUGAUAAAGGCCAAAUAAAGCCGGCCGAAACGUCGGGUAAUCCAAAACUAGCCGUUUAGAUUGACCCUAGACCGAGAAAGCCAACAUCUGU